CCCGUGCAUUGCACUGUUCACUAUUCAGUCAGUAAAUUUUCAGCAGACACUCAUUUGAAUGAGAAGUGGUACUGCCUAAAUUGAAUGAUGGACCAGUCCAUUUACAAAAUGCAGGGUAAAGGUUAAAACAGUUUUCUCUCCAUUUCAGACGUCUGGUUAAAAAUUUUCAACCAAAGAAAAAGGAAGAAGAUGAGUAUCAAUUUACCUGGGCGAGGGCAUUCCUCGACAAGCUCAAGGAGGUACAUGAUAUGGCGGGUCAGCACGAGGUUAUUGCGGAGAACACGCAGGGACAGCUUAUAGUAGAUAUACAAAAAUGUGUCGGAGAGUUGAAGUCUGAUCGACGGAAGUUUCUUCAAGAGGGGUCAAAAAUACAGAGCCAGAUGAAAGAUUCAUUAAAAUCUCUAGAAAAUUCAAAGAGAAACUAUGAAAGGAAAUUUAGCGAGGCAGAUAGAGCAUUAGAUGCAUACAGAAGAGCUGAUGCUGAUAUAAAUCUCUCGAGAGCGGAGGUAGAAAAGACGAGAGCAUUAUCAAACAAACGCUCACAAGAGGCAGAAGAAAGCAAAAACGACUACGCUUCACAACUACAGACCACUAACCAGUUCCAGAGGGACUAUUAUAACACAAAUAUGCCACAAGUUUUCCAGCAAUUGCAAGACCUGGACGAGCGGCGAAUAAACAAGAUAAAAACUGUGAUAGAAACGAGUGCCAGUAUAGAGUCAAGUGUUCUUCCAAUUAUAAAAACAUGUAUAGAUGGAAUGAAUAAAGCUGCACAGUCUAUUAAUGUACAAGAGGAUUGUAAAUUAGUGAUAGACAAACACAGGACUGGUUUUCCCAUUCCCGGAGAUAUUCCGUUUGAGGAUUUAUCAUGUGGUCAAGUUAAUAAUCAUAAUGUGAUAAAAACUAACAGUACUCCCGAUAAUAGAACUAAAAGUGGAACUUUAGGGGGUGGAAAAAACAAGAAACGCGGAGGAUUAUUCGGUCUGUUUAAAACAGCAAAUCAACACCAAGGAAGCAAGACGGAAGAACAGAGGGAAGAUUUCGGAAAUAUACCACCAGCACAAAGAAAAGCCAAGUUAUGUAAAAGAAUAGAUGAAAUACGAAAACAAAUAGCGCACGAAACUGCGGAAAGAGAGGGUAUGAUCAAAAUGAAAGAGGUUUAUACAAACAAUACAGCGUUAGGAGAUCCAAACUCUAUAGAUAAAAAAUUAGAACAAAAUGCAGAGAAGCUCAAUCAUUUACAAGCCGAACUAAAGAAAAAUCAGGAUUAUUUAGCGGAUGCGGAGAGUGAGAUGACUAUGCGACGGCAUGGUUCCGACGACUCAAUGACGCACAGUAUUACGUCAGAAGGCAGUAAUAAUAUACAAGGGUCGGCGCCCGGCACCCCGGUUCAGCAGCAUAUACCACCCGAGGAAUUGUACGAUCAGAGAACUAGUAGAUAUCGGCCAGUAGAAGAACCGUCUAUGGAACCGGAACCCGACGGAUUCACACCAGACCAUGAUGAUGAGUUCUCAUAUCCAAUCAUAGGAACUUGCCGAGCACUUUAUCCAUUUGAUGCAAUCAAUGAAGGGUCUGUGAGCAUGCAGGAGAAUGAAGAAAUGUGGGUAUUGGAACAGGACCAGGGUGACGGCUGGACACGCGUUCGCAAAAAUGACAGUUCAGAGGGAUUCGUACCCACCACGUACGUACAGUGCCACUACUAUGACCAAGAUGCUGUCUAGCAUUCGGGGAGCUAAGCUUUGGAAGAUGCGGACCAGUGUGUCAAAAGACAAGAAGACUAUUUCACCCAGAUAAUGUAUAGAUAAGGAGAAACACAAGCCUCUUACUUGGUGUAUUCUAAACUUUAACACUUUGUGAAUAGCCUGAGAUAUUGGGCUCUGACUAAGCAUCACUUGUAUUUAAUACAAUAUACAAGAUAAACCAGUGCGCAAACAUUUCGCAGGAGACAUAGUCUUGUGUUUCGUAUACGAUGAGAAAAGUUUUAAAAUGGGGACAAAAAGCUACAAUGCUCAUACGGGCCAAAAUUGUUACAGUUUACCAAAAUGUUUGUUGAAGAUUGUACUGAAUUGUAUGGAUAUUGACAGAAAACCUGAAUAUAAACCAACAGAAGGAAAAUUCUGUCAGACUAAUACCUCAUGCACUAUAAAUACAGAUCUAGAUCUACUGCUUUUCUGAUGUAAAACAAAAUCUGUCUGGUUGAAAUGCUUUUUCACAGAAAAAUUGGAACAUUGAUUGUAAAUUCAAAAGGAUUUUGUUUGUUUAUGGUGUUACCUUAUUUUCUUCAUUACUGUUUUUGUGAAGUUUAUGUAAUUUGAUGAAAUGUUGAAUUCCAGACUGUGUUGGUAAACAGACUGUCAGUCAAUUCAAGACUGUAUUUGUAAAUUACAGACUGUGUUUGUCAAAUUGCAAACUGUCAGUUAUGGACUCAGUCAAUUUCUGACUGUGUCAGUUUCAUAUUGUGUUUGUUUCAGACUGGUAUGAAUUUGUUUUGAAGACUGUAGACUGUGUUUUGAAAUUCUAGUUAAUUAUGGAGUGUGUCCCACAAACACAGACCUUUUUGUAUGGUGCUGAAAGAAGGUUUUUAAUGUGCUUCAGAAAAUUACAAUACUGCUGUCUACACUACAUGUAUUGUAGCAUUUGGUACUAUAUAUUUUUGUCAAGAGUUGCAUAGAUAUGAUGAAAGUUUGGGACGGCCUCUAACAUUUCAUGCCAAACAUGUUUCAAACUUUCGCUUUGGAUAAAAAAAAUCGAAGACUUGCCAGUUUUCACAUUGAAAACUUGUGGUAUUUUAGAAAACCUUUUUACAAUGGAAAUAGAGAUGUCUAGAAUUGGAACUUCAUUUUUUUGAGAUGUGUUUCAUUUUUGUUAUUUUCAAAAGAUAUGUUAGCCAGGCACUUGAUUGUAAUUAAUCUUGACAUUUAUUCUGAUUUAUUAUAAGAAGAUCAUUUUAUGUACAGCAUUUUCUUCCAUUAUUUGCUACAUAUUAAUUACACUGGACAGCUCUAUUUAGAAUAAAAUAUGUUAAAUGAAGGUUCUGAAGA